AUGGGCUUGAAGUUUUCAGAUGUGCCCAAUGGAUUGGCUGCCAUCGGCAAGGUCCCUGGAAACGGUUGGGCUCAGAUUGUUGCCUUCGCAGGCUAUUAUGAGCUCUUCGUCUACAAAUACAAUGGAGUGCCAGGUGAGUAUGGCUGGAAGGCAAUCUCUUCUGCUGAUCCAGAAGUGCGCAAGCGAAAGCUCAGCGCCGAACUUGCCAAUGGAAGAUUAGCUAUGAUGGCCAUCAUCGGAAUGUUCUUUCAGGAUGGUCUCACAGGCUCGGCUUGGGGUGAUUGGUCUUUGUACACUGAUUCACCUCUUCGAGCAUUCGAAGAAGAGUUGGGUGUUCAGGCGCCUGUCGGAUUUUGGGAUCCCGUCGGAUACACUCGCGAUGGAGAUUUGGAGACAUUCAAGCGACGACGAGAGACCGAGAUCAAGCACGGCCGUGUGGCCAUGUACGCUACCAUUGGAUAUAUCGUGCCCGAAUACAUCAAGUGGCCGGGAUUUUUGUCCCCUUCUAUGGGCUUGAAGUUUUCAGAUGUGCCCAAUGGAUUGGCUGCCAUCGGCAAGGUCCCUGGAAACGGUUGGGCUCAGAUUGUUGCCUUCGCAGGCUAUUAUGAGCUCUUCGUCUACAAAUACAAUGGAGUGCCAGGUGAGUAUGGCUGGAAGGCAAUCUCUUCUGCUGAUCCAGAAGUGCGCAAGCGAAAACUCAGCGCCGAACUUGCCAAUGGAAGAUUAGCUAUGAUGGCCAUCAUCGGAAUGUUCUUUCAGGAUGGUCUCACAGGCUCGGCUUGGGGUGAUUGGUCUUUGUACACUGAUUCACCUCUUCGAGCAUUCGAAGAAGAGUUGGGUGUUCAGGCGCCUGUCGGAUUUUGGGAUCCCGUCGGAUACACUCGCGAUGGAGAUUUGGAGACAUUCAAGCGACGACGAGAGACAGAGAUCAAGCACGGCCGUGUGGCCAUGUACGCUACCAUUGGAUAUAUCGUGCCCGAAUACAUCAAGUGGCCGGGGUUUUUGUCCCCUUCUAUGGGCUUGAAGUUUUCAGAUGUGCCCAAUGGAUUGGCUGCCAUCGGCAAGGUCCCUGGAAACGGUUGGGCUCAGAUUGUUGCCUUCGCAGGCUAUUAUGAGCUCUUCGUCUACAAAUACAAUGGAGUGCCAGGUGAGUAUGGCUGGAAGGCAAUCUCUUCUGCUGAUCCAGAAGUGCGCAAGCGAAAGCUCAGCGCCGAACUUGCCAAUGGAAGAUUAGCUAUGAUGGCUAUCAUUGGGAUGUUCUUCCAGGACGGCCUUACUGGCUCUGCAUGGGGCGAUUGGUCCCUGUACACUGACUCGCCUUUGCGAUGA